UGCAAUUGUCAAACUACAAAGAACUGCCAACUGGAACUAAGAUUUUGUUAUCUUGAGAGAAGAUGAGUAGCUGUUCAGAUGAUGAAUACUGGGACGACCUCCUGCGACGCUGUUGCAAAUGUCAGCACAGUGGGCGAAACUGUCACAAAAUUUGGAAAUGCAACAAUUCCCCAGGGUUUUAUUGGGAUAAACUGCUACGCAAAUGUAUCAAAUGUGUUGAUGUGUGCGGCCAACACCCUCAACAAUGCUCAGUCGUUUGCAGUGAGAUCACAAGCUCAAGUCAAGACACCCCUGCUAGUCUCAAAUACUGCUUACCCGACGAAGACCACUAUAACAUCCUCAUCUUCGUGUUCCUGGCAGCAAGUCUCUUCGUUGUUAUAUGUUUAUUUCUGAUACUGCUUGUUUACACUGUCAAAAGAAGAAAUGUUUUCAGAUGGGACACUGCUGCUUCCAGUCACAAGAUGGGUCCCCAAUCGGAAGACGGGGCCAACUCCAUUUCUUCAGACAAACUGCUGCAACGGGGCGUUGAAAAAGAUGAUCAGAACCAAAGCAUCGCCUCCGAUCCAUCAUCAGAGCCGUCGGAAACGUGCAGCUACUGCUUUUCGGAGCAGAGGAUCGGCGGGAAAGAACGAAAGCUGUCGUCAAACCUGGGAAUGGCCCAUCCGUGUAUGCAGAUAGCGCCAGCCACCGACACACGAGCUCUACUCUCUGCCAGCGUCCCCCAAAACAAACCGUUUCAGAUCAUUUGCUCUCCCUCUCAACCCAGCACGAAGGAAGUAGAGAGCUUCCUAGAGAAGAGCCACCUCAAGUACUGAAGCUACCUGACAAUAAAUAGUAACCCCACUGCUUACGUUAGGCAACUAGAGUGAUUGUGCAUAUUUCGCUGGGGUGGGGGUGGGAGUACAGGGUUUCAACGAUUGCCCCAUUUUACUGAAAGUAGUUUGAUUGCUGCACACUAGAGAAAACCCUUUUUUGGCAGACUACUGCUGUUGUCAACCACAGAACGGGUGAGAAGUAGUGGGGCCGUUAUUUAAGGAAAGACUGUCCAGAGGAGGCUAACAAGGAUUAUCUUGGAAUGAAAGAGUUUCGAAGAACGGAGGGGGUGGGUUAAUAACAUUGAAACCUAUCGAAUAUUGAACGGUCUAGAUAGAGUGGCCGUGAGAAAAAUGUUUCCAGUAGUUUUUUUUUUGGGGGGGGGGGGGAGAAGAGAAGAGGGAGGAGUCUAGGACUAGGGGGGAAGAGCUUCAGAUGUCUCUUUAGAACAGACAAGAGGAGGAAUUUUGUUAGCCAGAGGGUGGUAAAUCUGCAGAAGUCAUUGCCAAUGAUAACUGUGAGGGCAAGUCAUUGGAUACAUUUAAAACAGAAUUUGAGUUUCUUGAUUAGUGUGGGUGUCAAAGGUUACUGAGGGAAGACAGGAAAAUGGGGUUAAGAGGCCAAGACAGAAUGGCAGAGCAGACUUGAUGGGCUGAAUGGUUUUUUCCUACUGUCUUAAGGUCUUAUAGUCAGGACUUGGACAAGACAAUAUUUUGGUUACCCAGGUUUGCAUUUGCCACAGGCAGCUUUAUGCCCUUUGAUGAGCUGAAUUUGAGAAGUGCAAAUAAAUGGGAUAGGAGGAAAUACCAGAAAAGGAUAGAAAGGGGAAGAGAAGCUGGGCAAUUCCUGCUGCUACUCAUAACAAUAAGUGAAAAUUCGGGGGAGGGGGGAGGACAUUAACAACUAUUCAAGUCUAUUUUUUGGAAAUUAUAUUUACAUUCCACCAAGACUACAAAUGGUAGAUUCAAUUGUAUUCAGAAAGGGAGCUAGAUUAAAAAGUUGAAAAGGCAAGUAGGGAAAGGAAUUAAGAAGUGCUGGAUUACUCUGAAAGCAUUUUGGGCUCUGCUGAACACAACCAGCACACCCUGCAUAAACAUGAAAAUGGCUGUAAUUGCUUAUGAAGUUUCCACAAAAAAGAGCCCACAACUUCAGGAAUGUAAGAGAAGAUGAUAGAAUGUCACUAGAUCUAAUAUUAACACAUGCACUAUCAGCUAAGUAAUCUACUGCACCUGUUGGAUUAUCCAAAGGUCUUUAACUUAUGUAAAAAUAAAACAUUUUCAAAUUAACUUUUGUGAGGCUGCUGAGAAAAUGACUUGUUUGAUUUUGGGAACUGCCCUAAAGGGCCCAAAAGAAACCAGAAAAAAAUCUUAAACCAAAUGGGUUCAUAUAUUGACUAUGUGAAACAAAGUUUAAGGCCAGUUAGCCUUACUUGGGUUGUGGAAGACCUCAAAUCUGUUAAAACGAGAAAAGACUAAAAUAUUUAUACAUAAGUAUUUAGUUAUGAUGAAUGUAAUGGUUGAUACAAAAACAGUCACAGGCAUGAUGUGUCUAAAUACUGUGGAUCUGUAUGAGUAUUACCAGUGAGGCUUGUGAAGCAAAUUCUACACAUGGAAAUCAGAGAAUGUAAAGCAAGCUAAAUGUAAAACAAUGUGCACUUUGAACUAAUAAAAAAAGGCAAAUAUGAUAGAGCUUUAAAGUGUGCACAUAAUGGAGAUGAACUAAAUCACAGGAACAGAAAUGAACGAUCCUUGCAAUGUGGAGAAAAAUAGUACCUCAAAUCAGAAAAAUACUGAAGGAAAGUUUACAGCAAUUAAAAAGAAAAUGAGUCAUUGUGCAACACUGAGAUAAUAUACUAGCUUAGAAUCACUGAAGUUCACCGUGGAGUAAAGCAGGCUUUGUUCUUGCUACCAGAGUUUGUGAUCAGAAAUUGUACAUACUUACAGGCAUUAUGAAAAAUGCAUCUAGUUAUGGCAGGAUAUUCAAAUAUAUCACAGGAAAAU